UUUCUGCUUUGGGGGUUCCGGUAUAUAAACCCAGGCUACAUCGUUCGCUUUACCGCUCCUUAGCUGACCGACGUACACUCUUAUAGCUUCGUCGAGAGCACCGGGACACGCCCGAGGACUGCGUCUAUUCCUUAGACAUUCGUCAUGAAGAUGUCUACUGUGGCCUUUGCUCUGCUUAUUCUCUCAGUGAUGCUUGUCUCUGGAAUCGCCAGCGAGGAACACGGUGGAGAAUCACAGGAAGCAGAUGAGGAUCCGCACCCUGAAGAAUACGGUUUAGAAGAAAGGAGCGCAGAGACGCCACUUGUCAGAGUCCGUCGCGGUUUUGGUUGCCCGUUACAAUCUCGUUGCAACACACACUGCCAGAGUAUACAACGCCGAGCUGGGUACUGCGACGGCCCGUUGAAGCUGAGGUGCGUUUGUACCACCUAAAUCGCUUCCGUGAGAGCUCCGACUGACUAUGUUCAAUAAACAGGCGCAAGAGCAGAGAUGCAA